AAAAAGUUGAGACGGCCAAUCUAUCGUUUUCUUUCUGACAGUAUCUAUUUAGAUUGUCAGGAAGAGAAAAAGAGCCCUGGGGAUGUAGUUCAAAAGUUAUGAGAUCGGGGGACACGUAUGUGCACUAAAUUUUAUCUAGUCUGGAAAAUAUACUAGAAAUAAUCCGGUUCGGACGACGGCUUCUUGUUUUUACCAACCGGGAAGUGAACCUGUAAUGACCUGUGUAUAACCUUUAGGUUUGUUUUCGUGAAAGACAGCUGGUUGAGGCUUCUAGACAGAGCACCAAUUUAAAUUUAUAUUAGGCUGAUGCAUUAAUAUUAAUGAAAUAUUUAAUUACCAAUAUUUAAAAAAAGGAUCAUGUGUUGAAUGUAUAGUUAUGCAGCAUGGCUUCUUGGGCAAAAAAUCAAAUUGCUAAACAAUUAGCAAAGUUUGCAAAAAAUCUUGAUCCAAGUUCUCUCAGUUUGAAAUUUUUCAAAGGAGAGGGAGAAUUGACAAACUUAGAGUUGGAUGAAACGGUUUUAUCUGAUAUUCUUGAAUUUCCGCCAUGGUUGCAACUAACAAAAGUUGUAUGCAAUCGAAUAUCUGCAAAGGUGCCUUGGACAAGUUUGAAAUCAGAUCCAAUUCGAUUGAUUUUGGAUUGUGUUGAUGUGGAGAUUGUUGCAUCUGAAACUGCCAGAGAGAAGUCUGCCAACUUGCCUGUGUUUGGUGCAAAAGCAAAUGCCAAACCAACAAAGUAUGGCUUCUCUGAAAAAGUUGUAGAUGGAAUGUAUGUUUCGAUCAACACUCUUUUGGUUUCAUUCAAAUCACUUGGUUUCAAAGCUUCUGUAAGCAUUUCACGCAUUAUAGUACAGAGUACAACGCCAGAUUGGAAGCAAAGCAACAAUUUGCGUCAAACAAGAAUAAAAGAUGAUGAGCGUGAUGAAGUGUUGAAUUUUAAGGAGAUAAGAUGGGGUACAAUGAGAGUAAAUGCUGACGCAGCAUACAAAGCUGAGUCUAAAGAAAUCCCUUCCACACCACUUCGUCUGAUCACCAACAACAGUGCAAUACGAUUAGUCAUUAAGAAAAAAAUGUCUGACUGUUCAAUGAUAGCAUCUAAGUUAAUUGUUUCAUUAGAUGACAUACUUUGGGUGUUAACUCGUUCCCAGAUUCUUAAACUAUCAAGUUUUAUACACUAUUUAAUCAAGCUGAGACGAAAGUUUUUACCCAUUGCUCAUCAGAGUGCAACAUUACAACAAAAACCAGACGAGACGAACCCUUCUCUUGCUGCAGCAAGCAGUAGCACCUAUAGUGCUAGUCAUAACCAAGUCUUCUCCGCAUAUGAUUUACUGGAAACUUCAAUUCAUUUACGAACACAACGCAUAGACUUGCAUUUGUGUGAUGACAGUGCAUUGGAUGGCAACCAGCCAAAACAAAAUGGUGCACAUAAGGGUAAAAAUUACGGCUACGAUGAACCUGGUGCUGCUCUUCAAAUUUGUUUGGUGAACAUCUCAUUGGAUCACUGUCCAUAUCACGUGGUUGGAACGAAAAGAACUGCAGUCAAAUCCGAUGACGAAGUUAGUUACAACAGAAAGAGGUGGGCCACACAGUUAAUGAAUAAUUUUCAAGAAACUGAAGGAAAGCACUGGGCGCCGAAAAGAAACACUGCUUCCUUAUUAAGACAGAAUAUCAAAAAGCAAAGACGAUAUGUGAUGUAUGAAAGUUGUUUUGUUGUGAAUUGUCAAGACUUUGAUAUAAUGCAAGUUACAACAUCACGGACAUUAGAACCUAAACCUUUUUUAUCCUCUGAGAAGGAGUCUCUUUUCCUGCCGAAAGAAAUGUCGGCGUUACACAUUGAUCACACAACGUAUUAUUACACAGAAGACGAGACUCUGGCAGUACCUGCUCCAAACGUAUACUUGCAAGUGAAUCCAAUUCAACUUAUUUUUGAUCCAUUGACUUGUGUGUGGAUGAAUCGAUUUGCUCAAAGUGUCAUCACAGGAUUGGAUUGGACGAAAGAGUUUAUGUCACGUGAAGUCGGAUUUGUAGAGCAUAUAAACAUUCGAGUCGAGGCUUUGAUGCCAAAGGUGGUGUUACCAUUUGAAAACGACCCCAAUCUUCCUCAUGGUGAUGAACGACCGACAAAAAUGCAGUUACAAAUAUCUCAAGCAGUUAUCUCAAAUUGUCGAGUUGGCGGAAGGUCCUGUCAGGCUGACAUUUUGAACGAUUUACAAGGUUUUAUCGGUUGCCGGCAAUAUGCAGAUAUGUCUUGUUUUCCCAACGAAGAAUCAGACUUAUCACCAUUUUCAAACUCAGCUUGGUUAAAUGACUAUAGUAUUAACUAUCACCAGUUACAAAAUUUGACUAAACGAGACAAAGGUCUUUAUGAUCGUUUAAAGCGCGAUAACAAUUUACCACAUCAAAUUUGGUGCGUUUGGUGUGAUCAAAUGUGGAUCGAAUUUCUUGGUAUAGGAAAAGCAGCAUGUAGGCCGGUCCCCUUCGCUGAUGCUUUUCCCCUCCGGUUAUGGAUAUGUCAAAGUGUACCCUAUUUCUUUGGUGAGAAAGACCAUACUGAAACACCAUCAAGUUCUUCAAGCGCUGAGAUGGUGGAGGUAGCGACAGAGUCCGGCGAUGCUGAGGAUAUUAAAUUGAAUAAAAUGGAAAUUGUCUAUGAAGCAAAUACAGGAAAUUUUAGUCCGAGAUCGCAACGCAAAAUUGGGCCUAAUAACUCUGUGUAUUCUCCACGUCAAAGCGGUAGCGACACCAGUGAAUGUAGCGAAUCAGGAUUGAGAAGCCCACGUCAUACGGCUGUUAGAGGAAAAUUUUUUCAUAAGAAGCAAAACAAAUCGAAGUUUUACGACGACAUCACAAGUACCGCUGACAAGGUUGAUACGAACAAUAUACGAAUUAGCCACUCCGAUGGAGAUUUACUGUCAAAUUAUCACAGCGAUAGAUGCGAAACUAACAGUCUACAUAUUUUUAACCCUGGCUGUGAUCGCGACCAAGACCCUCCUCCUCCAUACACUCCUAUCGGUUACAGUGCGGCUGGUGGCAGCCUAUCUUCCAGCAUCGCUUCUUUACCACCUGCCUACGAUACUGUAACGGAUGAAAUUCCCGGGGAAAUGGAAAAACCGGUUAUAAAUGAUUUCGUUAAUGACGAUGAACACUUCUCUUCAGAGAAAGCAUCCAUUGCAAUGUUACUCAGUAUUAAAAAGACAGUACAAAUCCAGUUAGAUCACUUUCAAAUGUUAUUUUUGAUCCGAUUAAGUGAGGAUGUAGCCUCGGUGGUGGAGAGAAUUGGAUUAGAUAAUGAACUAUGUGAAAAUGAACGCAAGUUAAGUUUAAAUCAGUUGGUCGACGUAGAACACGUAAACAAACCAGAAGAAAGCAUCGUUAUAAAUGUAUCAAUACCAAAUGUUGUUGUUGAUAUUGUGUUGUUUCCCUGCAUCGGCAUCGAUCCAAUACAAACAUUCAGCCUACCAGAUCGCAUUGAAUAUGACAAAACGGAAAAAAAUAUUAAUAUCUCAACUGAGCAUGAUCUACCGCUACGAAGAUUAUCUCCCGCCAAACCAAUCACACCAACAGGGAAUCUGGCUGUGUCCGAUGUUAAUUGCAAACCCGAUUUAAAGCAGGAUUUGAUAAGGCUGGAAGAAAGUACGAUAUCAAAAAAUCAUUUAGCUGUAUUGCCUUAUACGUCUUCACUGCAAAAUCAUGCCUGUGAAAUAUCGGGAUCACUAGAUGGUUCGACCAAGUUUCUCUCUAAUCCUGAGUAUGACCCUACACUUAAAGAGGUAUCAGACGUUGGUAUUCAGGUGGGUAACUCUUUGAUGGGUGCAAAUUUAAUUCCCAAUCCGGAAAAUCAGUUGGUUUCAGUACUUCGUAUUAAAGCUGGGUUGAUCACCAUUGGAAUACAAAGUCAAGCUGGAGACUCAGUGGUGAAGUUUGCUGCAGAAACUUUAGUGUUGAACGAACUUGGUAAUUUAAAGUAUGGUAAAGUCCUUGAUCCCCGUGGGAUAGUCUUAUCAGAAAACCUAAAGGAAAAACAAACUGUCAAUAUGGAUCCACUAACUGGCAAUGCGAUGCUUAAAUUGCGAUUGAUUACUGGACCACGUGCUGAAAAACUCGCGAAAGAUGGCGGCGAGUUAGGUUUUGCAGAUAUUCGAGUAACUUCCUUAGCGGCUGCUUUGUUAAUGUCAACUGUGGACAAUCUUACCGAGUUUGCAGAAGAUGAAUUUGUGCUACCCACAAUGCCGUUUGUUGUGAAUAUUAGCCGGUCAGAUAUUUUACUUUACGACGAUAAACCACGUCGGUACAAGUCAGCAAUUAAGCUGCCGCCUAUGCAAGUACUUAUCGACGAAUUACAAGUAUUGCGAGAUUCACACGGUGUUAUUUCCGUCAAACAAGCAAAUAAAGACACCGAGACAAUACCUGGUUUCUCAGAUCAAGCAGACGUCUCGAUAAGUCAACGGGUCCAUAGUGCUAGCGUUAACAGCACGUUAAUUGCCGAAUCGAUCAACCAACAAGUUGAUGCCCUGAUCGGCGAGAACGGGCGUUUGUUGGAAGAUUUAAAGGUUGUCAACGCCAAAGUGAAUGGAUUACAUUCUGAAAGAGAAUCACUGCUAAAAGUAAUCGAUAAACUUCAACAGGAGCUGAUGUGGUCCAAUCGCGAAAAUGAUGAUCUACAGAAUCGAGUUCGCUCGCUAUCGUUAAGUAAACAUAGAGCAGAUUUUCUAUAAGCAUUUUACAACUUUAGCUAUAUAUAUUUUCAUACUUAUGACAUGGAAAAUAGCUAACUUUAAAUUUAAGUGGUUGCGAUAGACAGUUUAUUGUUUCUUUCUACAUGUCAUGUUUUCUUUUUUUAUGAAAACUCAAAUACAAAAUUUUUCAAAUUUACAUAGUUUUAAGAUUUGCAUAGUUACCAGCGCAAGUAUAGCAAAAUGACGAGUUAAAAAAUGCCUUAAUGAUUUUUUCUGUGAAGAGUUUUUCUCCGCAUUAUUCUCAAAAUAAAGAUUUUUACGCGGAGGUUUAAAAUAGUGAACUGAACACAAAAUUAAAAUCGUUGACUUCAAUAACUUCGUCUCCAGGGCUUUUUCUAUGCACAGGCUUGUAGCAUUCCUGAAAAAACCUGAAAUUUUUGGGACAGUAAAAUAUGAUAAAUUUUCUAACGCAGGAUUUUUUUUUAUUUUUCGAAAUUUACGCUUUGUAAAUAAAUAUUAGAUUAAAAUAAAUUAAAUGUUUUAUAGAGAUUAUCAAAAUGAAUUCCAGAUCGUCAA